AUGGCCCGACUAAACGAACCACCCGUAUCUACAGAUAGCAUUGACACGCUACGUAGGAAGCUUUUGCGCCAAAACAGAGACCUUGCCAGAGCCAACGCCGUCCACUUGAACCGCAUCCACAACCUCGAAGCAGACUAUUCUCGAUCUCUAUCAGAAAACCUCCAGUUGAAUGGCCGAAUUAUCGAGUUAGAGAAGGAGCUCGAGGACAGCAAUGCUCGGAGGAUAGCAGACCACGCCCUGGACAUCAGGUCCAGGCUCGAAUCUCAGUUGAUGGACUGCAUGUCGCUGCUUUCCAGCCUCGGCCAGGAGCCUCCCACUAAAAGGCACGCGAGCCCUCGAGGCAGAAGGAUUUCCAGAGCAAGUUUGCCGCGUGGCAGUCCUCCGCAGAGGCGGCCGCCACGCGAGCCAGUGAAGGAUACAGAGGCUCGGGCGCUGCAGGAGGGUCGUUUGCCUCCUAUUGCAGAGAAUAAGUCAUUGACCAGGGCAACAAUGGACCGUGAGCAGAUCCUUGCUCUAUGCUCGGAAGCCGCCGACACAACAGACACGACAGACAUUGCCGAUACCACCGACUCCCCCGAACUUGGUCCGCCACCAAUGUCCCGAUUCGUCGAUACAGACUCCGUCGAUAUCGGAUCCCCUCGUCAAGCCCUGGGUGCCGCAGAACCGCAGGCGGCUACUGAGGGCUCGCCGGUGCAAUCGCCAUCACUAGCGCCAGUAAUAACCCCGGCACCAGCCUCCCGAACAACGCAGAAACCCGAGAGGAAUAUUAUUGUGCGACCCGAUAAUGCAACAAAGACUGAAGACGCUAGACCUGAUGCCAAGCGGCCACCCAAGGAGACUCCCAUCUUACCCCCGAUGCCUCAGACCAUCGUCAAGGCUGGGUCGAAAAGAAAGCACAGCAUGGGAGACGACCUAAGCAAAAUCACCAAAUCACCAACUGAGCCCUCGAAGUCGAAAGAGCCGGAACAACGCCCUCUUGAGGCACGCGAACAACCUAGCGGACAGACCUUGAAGGAACUCGCCAACAGACGCCGUGAAGCUAGAGAACGGAUGUCGGCACCAGUCAAUUCGAGAAAGCCUUUGUCGGCCAAGAGCACGAAUGACGACAUGGCAUCUCCUGUGAAGAGCGCCAAGGACGCAGCAAAUGACCCUAAGAUCGCUUCUGAGAAGCCGAAGCCGCGCGCAGCAAGCCAGCGGGCUGCGCAGAAGAUCAGAGAGGCCGAGGCCGAAGCCAGGUCCGAGCCUGAGCACGUCGAAAUGAUUGUUGCCGCUGCUCCAUCACCGGUGCCUGCUCUUAACGUUUUGCCAAGCACAGAGACCGUACCCAUUGAAGCCGGCCUCCUAUCGCCGGCAUCCCCUGAGCCAGCGUCUAGAACGAGCCUGCCGAGUGUUCGUGAUACGCCCCCGCCCAACGACAUCUCUUCUCAGGGUGAAACAUCCCGGCCAAGCAGGCGGGCACGAGCUUCUGUCAGCUAUGCAGAGCCGAAUUUGCGUGACAAAAUGCGACGCCCUACGAAGGAACUAUAUGACGCCGUUACUGGCCAAACGAGGUAUCUGCAGCGCAGCGGCAGCGCCAGUUCGGAUCCGUCUGCGGCGGACACGGCACCAAUAAUCAAACGCGAAUCUAGCGACGAUGCUACUUGGAAACAGAUCGCGGCCGCUGCGUCGCCAUCCGCGAUUGUCCGGCAAAGUCAGAAGAGCCCCCACAAACCUGUUGACAAUCCGACAUCGCCGGAACAGUGGCUCGGCGUGACGAAGCCACUUCGUAAGAAAAGGUCGUCUUCCAUGAUGUCGGGCUCAACAAGCGAAAGCGAAGGACAGAGGCCCUUUCAACAAAACCCUGGCGGCUCUGCUUCCUUGGAGAAGACCGCUAACAGUCGACCGGCGCCGUCGCCCGAGUGCGAGGCUGAUCCUUACGAAUUUCCCGCCUCGACCCCAGGUAGCGAUACGCCCCGUAUUGCCGAAGCGAAGGACCUCACUCUGCCAGCGCGCCAGUCCAAGUCUUCGAGACGAGCAUCUUCUGCUAUGAGAGAGGACUUCACAGUUGAUGGGGCAGACGGGAGCCAGAGACCCAAAUCCAGCGGGCCCAGAAAGAGAGCGUCGAUGGUCUUGCCCAAAAGGAAUCGCGCAGAAGCAGAAGGCCUCGAGGAUAGUAGCUUUGAGAGUGUGGAGAGCAGCGACUUUCAGGAAACAAGUUCGAAAGUCUCAAUGCGGAGAAGGAGCAUGAUGUUGUAA